GACAAGCUGAAGAGGAGAAGGAACCAGAACCUCCCCUCUCCCUACCCAACUUGGGGGAGGGAGUGCAACUGAUUGAAAGACAGUAGCAGCUCUGGGAGACUUGCUAUGACAGAGAAGGUUCUGGUAAUCAAAAGGGAAACGGUAAGGCUAGAAGGGGGUGAAAUAGUGAUGGGCCCCGGACAGCUCUGGGCAGCUUGCUCUGAUAGUGACUUAAAACAAAACACAGUGUCUGUAAGCAGUAUAAAGAGGAGGGGACGAGUGUUUAAAGGGACCUACUCUUUUUGCCGGAAUAGAAUAGACCCAGCGCCUGAGUCAAGGAAGAAGCCGAUGGCAAGGUUGGCCUGUCCCACCCCAAGAUCCUAGCCCCUACCCACGUCUUUGCGUCCCGGGAUGCGGUAGACUUGGCCCUAGCCGUCUAAGGAGGGCGGAGGCCUGUAGACUACAGCUCCCGGCAUGCACUGCGGCGGGCGGGUCGCUGCACCUGCUCAGUGGGGCUGCCCCGGGCGCCUGGGUAUUGAUUAUUCCAUUGUGUGGGACGCCUCGGCUCCAGCCAGUGAAUGAGGCGGAGGAGUGAGGGCUAGAAGGAGGAGGGCGAGGAGGAGGAGGAGGAGGAGACAGGGAGCAAGCCAGUGCCCAGGGUGAAUCAAUGGAAACCCACUCACGAAGCCGGGAAAACACUUCAGCCGCAGCCAAAUAGCAUUGAUUAUUUUCUUUCACUUCCCUCACCGCCGUGAAUUUAUUUAUUUUUCCAUCUCCGUCCCCGACGCCCCGGAGCGAGCGCUGAAGGGAGGGAGGAGGAGGGGCAAAAAAGGAAUCAACACAUCGGAGAAGUCCCUUCCAAGAGCCGCCCCCUCCCCUCCCCGCCUCGCGCUGCUUGGCGGCCGCGGUUCGACUCCCGUCCCUGCUUCCAGCUGAGGUGGUACCAGCUGUCACGCUGAAAUGAACCCUCUGCAGUCCUCCGUCUACCAUGGCUACCCUUAACUCAGCCUCUUCCUCCAGCACUGUUCCUCCCCCUGGGCACGAUGCUCCGUCCCCACCUCCAGACACCUCCUCCUCCAGUACCUCUGAUCCUGUCACCAAAGAUCCCCCUGAUGCCUCCUCCACCUCUGAAAGUGUAAGGUCCUCAGAGCCAGGGGAAGAGCUUCUGGAGUCAGGCUGUGGCCUUGUUCCACCAAAGGAGAUUGGAGAUCCCCAAGAAGAGCCUGGCUGUGGUCACAUCCCACCAAAGGACCUCAGGGAGGAAAAGGAGGAGGAGGAGGAGAAGGAAAUCCUUCCUUUGGACCUAAGUAACCACUUAUUCUUUGCAGCUGGAGGUAAAGCCUACCUACUGGCCAAGUUGUCCCUGCCGGGUGGCAGUGAACUCUUGUUACCAAAGGGCUUCCCCUGGGAUGAGGCAAGCAUCAAGGAAGAGCCCAGCCUGCCCCUCCUUGCCCGUUUCCCCUCCUCACACCUCACUACCCUUCACAUCCAACAUGGCUUUGACCCAACCCAAGGCUUUAGCUCUUCUGACCAAAUUUUGUCCCAUGAUACCUCAGCGCCAUCUCUGGCCGCCUGUGAGGGAAGGGAUGGAUCCUUCUGGAGCUACCAGCUGGUUCCAAACCCAACCGAAGAUCCCAAAGAUGGCCCCAUGGGGAGCCGAUGGGGAGACCACAGGGCACUGUUCUGGAUCUGCCUUCUGUGCCGCCUGGGUUUCAGCAGGCUCAAGGCCUUUAUAGGUCACACACAUUCUCAUGGAGUGAAGCUGACCCCUGCCCACCACCAGGGCCUGCUGGGCAGCCCAGCCGUACUUCAGGAGGGUGAUGAUGGCGGCAUGGCCUUCCUCAGCUUUCUGGAACCAAAACUCCUUGCUUGCCCUUCUCCUGAGGUCCCUGAGGAUAGCACAGUGACCGUGGAGACCAACGGAACCCAGACUGAGGAUGGCCCCCUGGAGGCAGAUAUUCAGGCCCUUGUUCUCCCCGCUGAAGAAGUUAUGGCCCUCAGCCCACCAUCCCCACCCACAGCCCUAGCCACCUGGGACCCCAGCCCAACCCAAGCCAAAGAAUCGCCAGGAUCAAGAGGCGAGGCAGGGCCAGACUGGUUCCCUGAGGGGCAAGAAGAGGAUGGAGGGCUCUGCCUCCCACUCAACCAAAGCUCACCCACCUCUAAGGAGGUGGCCGCGCUCCCAGCUCCAGUAGGCUCUCCUGAAGACACCAGUGACCCACCCCAGCCCUGUCGCCUGAUUGAUGACUACACUCCAGCCCCUGCAGCCUUCCAGGGCCUCAGCCUAUCCAGCCACAUGUCCUUGCUACACUCUCGCAAUUCCUGCAAGACUCUCAAGUGUCCCAAGUGCAACUGGCACUACAAGUACCAGCAGACCCUCGAUGUGCACAUGCGUGAGAAGCACCCUGAGAGCAACAGCCACUGCAGCUACUGUAGUGCCGGGGGUGCCCACCCCCGCCUCGCUCGUGGAGAGAGCUACAACUGUGGCUACAAGCCCUACCGCUGCGAUGUCUGCAACUACUCUACCACCACCAAAGGCAACCUCAGCAUCCACAUGCAGUCCGACAAGCACCUGGCCAACCUGCAGGGCUUCCAGGCAGGACCUGGUGGACAGGGAAGUCCCCCAGAGGCAUCCCUCCCACCCCCCUCUGUAGGGGAUAAAGAGCCCAAGACCAAAUCAUCCUGGCAGUGCAAGGUGUGCAGCUAUGAAACCAACAUCUCCCGAAACCUGCGUAUCCACAUGACCUCUGAGAAACACAUGCAGAAUGUCCUAAUGUUGCACCAGGGGCUGCCACUCGGCCUGCCACCAGGGCUGGUGGGGCCAGGACCUCCUCCCCCACCAGGGACUGCCCCCACCAACCCCCCUGAACUCUUCCAGUACUUUGGGCCCCAGGCCCUAGGACAGCCUCAGACACCUAUGCCUGGGCCUGGGCUGAGGCCAGACAAGCCCCUGGAAGCCCAGCUGCUUCUCAAUGGUUUUCACCACCUUGGAGCACCUGCCCGAAAGUUUCCCCCACCUGCCCCUGGCAGUCUCUCCCCUGAGACCCAUCUGCCACCAAGUCAGCUCCUGGGCUCCUCAUCCGAUGGCCUGCGCUCUUCACCUUCCCCAGAUGACAGCCCACCACUGAAGGUGUUCCGCUGCCUGGUGUGCCAGGCUUUCAGCACAGACAGUCUGGAACUGCUGCUUUACCACUGCAGCAUAGGCCGGAGCCUCCCCGAGGCCGAAUGGAAGGAAGUGGCCGGUGACACCCACCGCUGCAAGCUAUGCUGCUAUGGCACCCAGCUCAAGGCCAACUUCCAGCUCCACCUCAAGACUGACAAACAUACUCAGAAGUACCAGCUCGCAGCCCACCUUAGGGAGGGGGGUGGAGCCAUGGGCACCCCUUCCCCACUGCCCCUGGGGGAUGGGGCUUCUUAUGGUUCUGUCUCCCCCCUUCACCUGCGCUGCAACAUCUGUGACUUCGAGUCCAACAGCAAGGAGAAGAUGCAGCUGCACGCCCGGGGGUCAGCCCAUGAAGAAAACAGCCAGAUCUAUAAGUUUCUCCUGGAAAUGGAGGGAGCAGAGGCAGGGCCAGACCUGGGGCUGUACCGCUGCCUGUUGUGUGCCUGGGACACACCCUCCCGCCUAGCCGUGCUACAACACCUACGUACACCUGCCCACCGUGACGCCCAGGCCCAGAGGAGGCUGCAGCUGCUACAAAAUGGCCCAGCCGCUGAAGAAGGACUCUCAGCUCUUCAGAGUAUCCUGAGCUUCAGCCAUGGGCGGCUCCAAACUCCUGGGAAGGCUGACACCCCCUUACCUAAGCUGCCCACCUCUGAGAAAGAUGCCCAGAACAAGACAGAACAAUUGGCUUCAGGAAUGACAGAGGACAGAACUGGCCCUUCCACAGACAGUGCCAACCAGAUCACGGUAUACUGCUGUCCAUACUGCAGCUUCCUGAGCCCAGAGUCUGACCAGGUGAGGGUUCAUGCACUCUCCCAGCAUGCCGUGCAGCCCAAAUACAGGUGUCCACUAUGCCAGGAGCAGCUGGUGGGCCGGCCUGCUCUGCACUUCCACCUCAGCCACCUUCACAACGUGGUGCCCGAGUGUGUUGAGAAGCUGCUGCUUGUGGCCACAACUGUGGAGAUGACCUUUGCAACCAAAAUGCUGCCUGGACCCACGCCAGCUCCUGUGGAGGAUGGCCUAGAAUGCCCCACUCCUGGACCAGAGCCCACUCCCGGCAGUGAUCAGGGAGCAGAAAGCUCUAACCUGACCCCAGAGGCCAGCCCAGAUCCUCCUCCUGAGCCUGCCCUGGCACCAGUCGAGGGCCCAGAGAAGCCCUCAGGAAGUCCUGAUCAGCCCCCUUCUCCAGUGUCCUCUCCAGUCCCUCAGCUUGAUGCCCAAGUUGAAGAAGUGGCUCCUCCACCCAUCAUGGCUGAAGAGGAAGAGGGAGCCAUGGGGGAGCCCCGCUCUGCAGAGCCAUCCCCAGCUGACUCUCGCCACCCUCUAACGUAUCGGAAGACCACCAACUUUGCCCUGGACAAAUUUCUUGACCCUGCUCGCCCCUAUAAGUGUACUGUGUGUAAGGAGUCCUUCACCCAAAAGAAUAUCCUCUUGGUUCAUUAUAAUUCCGUCUCCCACCUUCAUAAGAUGAAGAAGGCUGCCAUUGACCCGUCGUGCCCUGCCCGAGGAGAGUCUGGCAUCCCACCACCCACCACCACUACAUCAGACAAGCCCUUCAAGUGCACCGUCUGCCGAGUGUCCUACAACCAGAGCUCCACUUUGGAGAUUCACAUGCGGUCAGUUCUGCACCAGACUCGCUCAAGGGGGACCAAGCCCGAUGCCAAGACUGAAGGACCAGAGCGAAGCCAAGAAGAGCUCAAGGAAAGCGAGACUGAGGGCGAGGUGGGCACCGAGAAGAAAGGCCCUGACCCCAGUGGCUUCAUGUCUGGACUGCCCUUCCUGUCUCCACCACCCCCUCCCUUAGACCUACACAGAUUCCCCGCCCCCCUCUUCACCCCACCAGUCCUGCCCCCCUUCCCUUUGGUCCCAGAAUCUCUGCUCAAGCUCCAGCAGCAACAGCUGCUUCUGCCCUUCUACCUCCAUGACCUCAAAGUGGGGCCCAAGCUGGCACUGGCUAGUCCUACACCCCUGCUGUCCCUACCAGCUGCCACCCCACCUCCUCUUCCCGCGCCCCCCAAGGCCGAGCUGGCUGAGCAGGAAUGGGAGCGGCCGCUCACAGCUGAAGAGGGGAACGAAGCAGGGCCCUCUUCACCACCCCACACAUCACCCAAUGAAGCUGCCCGCACAGCAGCCAAAGCCCUUCUAGAAAAUUUUGGCUUUGAGUUAGUAAUUCAAUACAAUGAAGGGAAGCAGGCAGUGCCCCCUCCCCCAACACCUCCUCCCCCAGAGUCUCUGGGGGGCGGAGACAAGCUGGCCUGUGGGGCCUGUGGGAAACUCUUCUCCAAUAUGCUUAUCCUCAAGACUCACGAGGAACACGUUCACCGCCGUUUCCUGCCCUUUGAGGCCCUGAGCCGUUACGCUGCUCAAUUUCGAAAGAGCUAUGAUAGCCUGUACCCACCCCCAGUAGAGCCCCCCAAACCUCCAGAUGGGUCCCUGGAGUCACCGCCCCAGCUAGGCCCACCUUUCAUGGUUCCAGAGCCUGAAGUAGGGGGGAUCCAUGCUCCUGAGGAACGAAGCCUGGCAGGAGGACACUGGCCCCCAGAGGAAGAAGAAGGCUCUAGAGGCAGUCUUCCUCCCUCAAUGCCCGCAGGCCGCCGGUUCUCCAGAACCAAGUUCACUGAAUUCCAGACCCAGGCUCUGCAGUCUUUCUUUGAGACCAGUGCCUACCCCAAGGAUGGAGAGGUGGAACGGCUUGCAAAUCUCUUGGGUCUGGCUAGCCGUGUGGUGGUAGUAUGGUUCCAGAAUGCCCGCCAGAAAGCCCGCAAGAAUGCCUGUGAGGGUGGGCCUGUGGCAGCUGGCGGAACCACUGGGGGAGCAUCCGGCUGUAGACGCUGCCAUGCCACCUUUGCCUGUGUUUUUGAGUUAGUUCGGCACCUCAAGAAGUGCUAUGAUGACCAGCCUCCUGAGGAGGAGGAGGAGGAGGAGGCAGAGAAAGGGGAAGAGGAGGAAGAGGUGGAAGAAGAGGCAGAAGAGCGGAACCCCGAACCUGCAGCUACACGUGGUGGCCCAUCACCAGAACACACAGCUGUGGAGGAUCUAAACCAAGUAGAGUCAACAAGGCCAGAAGGCAAAGAGUCUGAAGGGAAGGCACCCCCAUCGCCGGCUGCCCACACCUGUGACCAGUGUGCCAUUUCCUUCCCCAGCCAGGACCUCCUGAUGACUCACCACAGAAUACACUCCCCACCGUCUGUGCAGCCCGGUGCUCCACCACAGCUCCUAGAUCUGCCUUUGCUGGUGUUUGGGGAGCGAAACCCUGUAGCAUCAGGCACCUCAUCAGUGUCAGGGACACCCCUCAAACGGAAGCAUGAUGAUGGCAGUCUGUCUCCCACAGGCAGUGAAGCAGGGGGUGGAGGGGAGGGUGAGCCCCCCAAAGACAAGCGCCUACGCACUACCAUCCUGCCGGAGCAGCUGGAGAUCCUGUACCGUUGGUACAUGCAGGACUCCAACCCCACACGUAAGAUGCUCGACUGCAUCUCUGAGGAGGUGGGGCUCAAAAAGCGAGUCGUACAGGUCUGGUUCCAGAAUACCAGAGCCCGGGAGAGGAAAGGCCAGUUUCGAAGCACCCCUGGGGGAGUAGCUGGUCCAGUGGUGAAACCCACCGUUACACCCACCCCAGCACCAUUCCCCAAAUUCAACCUCCUAUUAAGCAAGAUAGAAGAUGAUAGUGGGAAGGAAGCCCCAAAGAGAGAAGUCUCUGCCUUCCCCUACCCUGCAGGAUCGUUCCUACCACCUGGGAAAGAGGCCCCUGUUCCAACACCAGAGCCCCCUCUACCCCUCCCCGCCCCCGCACUCAGUGAGGAUGAGGGCACAGAGGAACCAUCUAAAGCAUCUCCAGAAAGCGAGGCUUGCAGUCCAUCUGCAGGAGACCUGAGUGAUUCAUCCACUUCCAGCCUGGCCGAACCAGAGUCUCCGGGGACUGGAGGGGCCGGUGGGGGACCAGGAAGUGGGCCUGGAGUUCCAGAUGGAAUGGGGCAGCGGCGAUAUAGGACCCAGAUGAGCAGCCUGCAGCUGAAGAUCAUGAAAGCCUGCUAUGAAGCCUACCGCACCCCUACUAUGCAGGAGUGUGAGGUGCUGGGGGAGGAAAUUGGACUGCCCAAGAGAGUCAUUCAGGUCUGGUUCCAAAAUGCUCGUGCCAAGGAAAAGAAAGCCAAACUACAGGGGACAGCCCUCGCAGGGAGUGGGAGCAGCAGUGAGGGCACCUUGGCAGCCCAGCGCACCGACUGUCCCUACUGUGAUGUCAAGUAUGACUUCUAUGUCUCUUGUCGAGGCCACCUCUUCUCUCGUCAGCAUCUGGCCAAGCUCAAGGAGGCAGUCCGAGCCCAGCUGAAGAGUGAAAGCAAAUGCUAUGACUUAGCCCCAGCACCCGAGGCCCCACUGGCUCCCAAAGGACCACCUGCCACCACACCUGCCUCUGUGCCCUUGGGGGCUUCCCCGACCCUGCCUCGCCUGGCUCCUGUCCUCUUGCCUGGCCCAACUCUGGCCCAGCCACCACUUGGAAGCAUAGCUUCUUUCAAUUCAGGCCCUGCAGCCUCCUCAGGCCUCCUUGGCCUCACCACUUCAGUCCUGCCUGCUACCACAGUGGUCCAGACUGCUGGUCCAGGCCGCCCCUUACCUCAGAGACCUGUGUCCAACCAAACCAACAGCUCUACUGACCCUACCCCUGGCCCAGCUACUGAGCCCUCAGGAGACAAAGUCUCUGGUGAGCGAAAGCCAGUUGCAACCCUUACCAGCUCCUCCACCGAUGCCCUCAAGAACCUGAAAGCAUUGAAGGCCACUGUCCCAGCCCUGCUGGGGGGCCAAUUCCUGCCAUUCCCAUUGCCCCCUGCGGGCGGGGCAGCACCACCAGCUGUCUUUGGUCCUCAGUUACAAGGGGCCUACUUCCAACAGCUGUACGGCAUGAAGAAGGGGCUAUUUCCCAUGAACCCGGUGAUACCUCAGACCCUCAUUGGGCUGCUGCCCAAUGCCCUCCUCCAGCCACCACCCCAAGUCCCUGAGCCUACAGCCACAGCACCCCCAAAGCCUCCUGAGCUGCCGGCUCCCGGGGAAGGGGAAAGCAGUGAGGCUGACGAGCUGCUGACAGGCAGCGCUGGCAUCUCUACCGUGGAUGUUACUCACCGCUACUUGUGCCGCCAGUGCAAGAUGGCAUUUGACAGCGAGGCCCCAGCUACUGCCCACCAGAGAUCCUUCUGCUUCUUUGGGCGGGGCUCUGGGGGUUCCAUGCCUCCCCCAUUGCGGGUGCCUAUCUGCACCUACCACUGUCUGGCCUGUGAGGUGCUGCUGAGUGGGCGUGAAGCCCUGGCCUCCCAUCUGCGCUCCUCAGCCCACAGGCGCAAGGCAGCCCCGCCCCCAGGAGGCCCUCCCAUCACCGUUACCAACAGCGCCACUGCUGUCCCGGCUGCUGUGGCUUUUGCCAAAGAGGAAGCAAGAUUACCUCACACGGACCCCAACCCAAAAACUACUACUACCUCUACACUUCUAGCUUUAUAAACAGAUAAACCAAGAUGGGGCAAGAGAGGGCCUCAGGGUUCCCUCGCCCCAACCUUCAGCUCUGCCCACCUCAUGGGAGUCUGUCAAUUCCCACCCUCAGUGGGCUUCACACACCCCACCUCCAGCAGAGUCCUGCCUCCUCCCCGUCCCACAGACACUCUGACCCUCACUCUCAGUCCCUUGCAGGUGCACCCCACCUUGGCAUACACGUCUGCUUCGUUCCCUCUUUUUCCCGGUUCAGUUCCCAGCCCUCAUCCCCUAUAAACACAUAACUUUUCCAUACUAUUAUACUGACUGAGAAAACGCCAAAAGAAAGACAAGAAGAAGAAAAAAGAAAACCCAAGACAAAAGGGGGGGUGGAAAAAUCAACUUUGCCACCCACCUCUUCUUACCCCCAUGUCCAGAGCACAGACUGCUCACAAACUCCAAAAACCCAGUUGGUUCCUAAGGUUGGAGCCUGGGAUGGGCAGGGAGCCCAUAAAACUAACCAAACUGGAGGCUGUCAGGGGGAGAAGUGCCCUGUUCACUCUCCUCACUCCCCUCCCUCCUGACCCUCUCCUCACCUGAUUGGGACCCUUGCAGCCUGGACUCCUGGGGAAGCCGCUGCCAGGGACCCCUCUACUACCCCUCACCCGUACCCUGGAAACUGCAGUAACUUUUUCUCAAAGGCUUUAAACACAGAGAUCCUCUCAGCAGCCGUGGGCCUGCCCUAUGCCCCAGCCCUGCCAAGGGCAGUCCAGCCUCCGGGGAUCAGCAUUGCCCACCAAUGGCAAAUCCAAAGUUCUUUUUAAAAAACAAAAACAAAACUGAAACACACCAAAUAAACAAGAGCAAGAGAGAGUGUGCACAUACACAAGAGAGAUGGAGAGACCAGAGGAAUGAAGUAAAGAAAACAAACUUUGACUAUACAGAGAGAGAGAGGAAAAAAAAAAAAAAAACUCCCAUCAAACAAGUUUUUUGGUUUUGUUUGUUUGGUUUUGGUUUACUGUUUGUGCCCCCACCCCAUCUGAGAGUUUCUUGCAAUCUGAGCUCUGAUGUCUCCAAGCCCUUACUGGGUGCUGGUGAUGUGCAGGGCUAGAGGCAGUGUAGCCUCCCCCUUGCUGUACCAGGCCUCAGACAGGACCAGUAGAGAUGAUGACCCCUGUCCCCUAAGAUGAACACGCAUCAGGACACGUGAUAACCUCCUCAUUCUCAGCAGUCAGAAAGCCUAGUGUGAGAGUCUUGGCCAUCCCAGGAAGGAGGGCACGGUUGGGGCAGUUCUGAUUUCUGAAAUCAAGAUGUGUAUCCCUUUUGCCUGUCCCUAUUCCUUCUCAUUUCCUUUUUCCUGUCCAGGGCUCCUGUCAUGCUUCUGAUUAUCUGGAACCUCCUUUGCAGGCUCCCCUGUUCCCUAUCUACUUUCCCUCAUCUUAGUCCUGUGCCCUGCUCCUUCCAACUCAGCCUAGCCCCUCCAUUAAUCAGCAUCUACUGGAGGCCUUGCCCAGAGUCUGCCUGACUGUUAGGGAUACGGGCCUGUGAGGAGAUGUGUAGGAAGGGACUCCCUGAAGCACAACACACUCUCCAGGGGAUGCCACAGGGGUGCAGUGUCCUAGGGGAAGCUUCCCACACCCAAUCUUACUUCCUGUGUGGCCACCAGGGGGUAAUUUUGGCAAUCCCCAAAUCGAACCCCAAUGGCACAGGAUAGACUUAAUAGAUGUUUUAUUUUAGCAAAGAAAAGCCUGCAAAAUUCCCUGCAUCCUCCUGCUAUUUCAUCUCUCCCCCUUAACUCUGAGGAAUCCCUCCAGGCUUCACACACUAGUUACCCAUUUAAUACAUAUCUGACCACCCAAGAACUUAGCUUUGCCAGGGUCCCCCAGCUACCCACCAACACUAAAGCAAAGGGAGAUGAGGGGAGGGUCACCUUACAUCCUUACUUAGUCCUCACAUACUCUGAAUCUGAGACUCCAGCCAAUCGAGGGGAGGAUGAAACCAGUUCUGUUGAUACCAAAAAUGACAGUUACUAGAAAAACUAGCUUAUGGCGGCCUGGUGCCUGCUGCCCCUGGUCCCGGCCUCUCAGCAUCACUCUCGAAGCCACACACACCCCACCCUUUUCUCUCACUUGUUGAAAUUCUAUGUAUAAAAGUAUUUUCUUAGCAGCAUGUGUAUGAGGAAAAAGAGGUUUUUUGUUUGUUUUUUUU